AUGUCAGACUAUGCGGAAUCUGCGAAAAGAACCCGUCCAAGUACAAAUGUCCUCGGUGCUAUCUACCUUACUUGCAAUAAGAUUCAUCGCGAAAAUCAUCCGCCCGAUCCUCCGCCAGCUCCAAAGCCUUCCCCGCCUCCCGCAGCCUCAGCUACAGCUACGACAGCUCCGGAGGAAUCCAAUGAGGACUCCAGUACCCCUCAAUCAGACCAUCGGUUUGGCACGCUCGAACGCUCUAAGGAAUUACAAUAUCUCUUCAAGAAGUACCCACGACUACCUAAACAAUUACUUGACAUCCAUGCUGCAACCCUCCCACCUCCAUCAGAGAAGUCUAGAAUCCCCGCCUCGUUAUUAAAGGACCUUCCGGAGUCAUCGAAUGGCUGGGAUCGUGAUAAAGCAAUGACCAGCGGGAAAGAGGCUCUCCGUAAGGCGCGGGGAGCUAAGGGCGAGGAUGGAGAAGCCCUGAGAGAAUACUCCGAACUGGUGUUACACCUCACGAAGGAUAAGGUCAACAAUCGGUGA